CAGUUUGAGCGCUCAGUUGGGAGACUGCAUGCACUCCCGAUGCUGCAGUGAAAUGCAUGCAAUCUUGAUUUAAGAACAGCGGCUUAAGCGGGAUCCUGAAGAGAAAGGGCUAUAACUGCUAUACAGGGACACUACACGCAACACAGGAAGCACAACGCCAGGACCACUUGUCAGGAAAACAGAAUAACAACUACAAGACGUUUCACGACAGAGGACGGUCAAUCGCCGUCAAGACACUGGAGCACCGGUGCAACACAGUCGAUAUUGUCAAACGCUGAUGACAUCAAGUGGAACAGGAACAUCACUAAAAGUCGUUAAAGGAACACACCCAGCAGACUCCUAGUAUUAACAGCAAGCACAACAAGGAAGUUUUGUAAGAACAAUGGUCCGCGCCCUUAUCUCAGAACGGGAAGACCCGCCAUCCGUGCAUGAUAAUCGAGGGUUCAGAAUCGACGGCACUGUGUCCCCAGUACCGCCACGAAUAGGCCAUGCAAGCUCCGUUAGCAGAUCGGUUCAAGAAGAGCCAUCCGCUUCUGAAGAUUCAAACAGCAGUCUAGCGAAAAGUCAAAAGGACAGGUCUUUCUUGGGACGAUGUCGUCGGAAGGCUUGGCUUCUCCCACUCAUCCACACACAGUUCUGGUAUGCGGCUUGCUUCUCCCUGCUAGCGCCAUAUUUCCCACCACUGGCAGAAUCUAAGGGUCUCUCUGCCUCGAAGUAUGGCUUCGUGUUUUCGAGUCUCAAGGCCACCAUGCUUAUAGGUUCCAUCGUCACCGAAAGACUGAUGGUUUAUAUGAAGCCUUCCACGGUGUACCUCAUCGCUCAGGGAGGAUACUUCCUAUGUGCUCUAGCCUUUGGAGCCCUGUAUUGGUCUCCGGGAGGGGAUAUCCUCUUGGGUCUCGCUAUAACAGCUGCCAUGUUUGGCGGCUUCUUGGGGGUCAUGUACGGGGUGUGCAUGUAUUCCAUUGUGAUUGAGAGGUUCACCGGCAAUUCCGGAAUCAUCAUUGCAAGCAUGGAGUGUCUUUGGGGAAUCGGCAACAUGACCGGCGCUAUUCUAGGUGGUGCGCUAAUCGAUGAGUGGGACUACCCUUUACCGUUCUUCGUCAUCGCAUGCAUCAUGAUGCUAUCCUUCCCAGUCAUAGCAAAGCGAGGACCGAUACCAAAGGCACACAGACGUGUGAUAACAGACGACAUCUCUUCCGGGCAAGCGAAGUACUACAAAGCUUUCUGCGAUCCUGUCUUCCUAGUCGCCAUGGUAACCGUCAUGCUCAGCUGGGUCAUAUUUGGCUUCAACGAGCCCACCUUAGAGCCUUACCUCCGUCAGUUCAAUCUCACCAGUACAGAGACUGGCUCCGUGUUCAUGGUGCAGUACGGCAGCUAUUGUCUCGGUGCACUGCCCGUGGGAAUACUCUGCAACCGACAUUGGGAUGAAUUCUUCAUGUUCGUCGGCCAGUCUCUGACAGCAAUAGCCUACCUCAUCCUUGGACCUGCACCUUUUCUGCCGAUAUCUCCGUCCCUAUGGAUGAUCUACCUAUCUCAAGUGUUUACUGGUGUUGGCAUGUCCUGCCAGUUCGUCUGUUCAUACACCAUCGCCCAUAAGAGACUACUUAAAAAAGGCUACCCGGACACAAUUCGAACGAGUGGCUUUGUGUCCAGUUGUUUGUUCACGUUCCUGGUAUUCGGCGCAAUCACCACGCCGCCUCUCGCCGGAUUCCUGGUGGAAAGGUUGGGCUACAGGAUGGGUACCAUGCCUCUCUUUGCGAUCUUGGCUCUGUGGAGCGGGGUAACGUUUGUGCUAUGGCUGAGCACCUUGUGCUCCAAGGAGACCACCGCAUCAACAUCCGACGUGACUCCGAAACAAGGUCACGUGACAACGACUGCCAGCGUGCCGAAGGAUGCGGUAGAUUACGCGGAGCUGUAUUGCAGAUAGUGCCAAUGCAGGCUCCCGUUGAGGCAACCUACAGGUGCAAACCUUGCCCAGAAAGCAGCCAGACAUGUUUCUGUUUUCGUUUUCUUCAAGGACGAUGGUAUAGACGGACGGAAUCAUAUAACCAAAGAAGGGGAAGUUGACCCGUAAAGACAAGCGCUCGCUACUGUGUAUUUAUAUUUUGAUAUACUUCUUUCUAUUUUUAUGUACAUUGUCUUCGCGUGCGUGAUAUAUUUCUCACGUGACUGCACUGCGCCUGCGCGCUCCUCUUCACGUGCCAUUUCUCAUACAUUCUGGUUGAGAACAAAUUCAUCAUUUUUCUGGGUUGGUGCAGUGGAGCAACGCCCGCUCUACACCGUGUCGACACCUUUGGUUGAUAUAUAUAUAUAUAUCUAGAUAGUACCUGAUGAGCACAUGACGUACCUGCACCUUUCGUGCAGAGCAGGCUCUGCACGAAUGUCUUGUUUCAACGUUUUGAAUAAAA